GUAACUAGUAAACUCCAAAUGAAAUUCAGUCGUCAUUUUAGAGGAGUAUUUGAAUGUACACUUUUUGUUGCGUUUCGGGUAUAAUGUUAAUAAAGUUCAUUAUUCCAUUGUUUCAUAUGACAUUGACAGUUGUGUGUAAUUUUACGUCAACGGAAUUCGUACCUCGCAUCAAUUGUUCUACAGUGGUGAAUGUGAAUUGUGAAUGUUCAUUUCUGCACGAAUUUAUGGUUGGAUCUUUUCGAUCGUUUGUCGAACUUGAAUGUGUUCAAGGAAACGAUUACAGAAAGCUCGUUUCAAUCAAAAACGAACGAAAUGAAGUGUCGGUUACGUGUACGAGUGUCGAAAGAGAAAGUCUGUAUCAUUUGAUACCAGAACUGAACGUUGACGUCAUACCGGCUGUAAUCAUAAAUUGUCCAAUGGACUACGAAACGACAAUUAAAAACAUUACCGAUCGCAUGGGAAUCAAUAGUUUCGAUCAUCUUACGAUUACAACGGAACAACUAUUUAGAGAUUUGUUUAAAGACGCUCUCAACAUAACAAAGCUGGAAGUGAUUUUGGCGCAAAACGGAAUUGAGUUUUUUCCAACGCAUUUGUUGAGUUUGUUACCGAAUUUGGAAUCGUUCCACUUUAAAUCGCAAGAUGGAAGUGGAUCGACAAUGAUAGAAAGUGGCAUUUUUCGCAAUCAGAGUAAAUUGAAAACUGUUCAGCUGGCCGAUGUUGUAAUUCGAAAAUUAAGCAACGAAAUAUUUGGUGGUGCAUCAUCGUUGAUGAAUCUGGAAUUUCGAUAUAGCAUGAUUGAGUUAAUAACCACCGAUGCAUUCGAUAAUUUAACAGAACUGACGACAAUCAAAUUCUACUUUACUCGUUUGACAACGUUGCCCGAUAAUAUUUUCCGGCAGAAUCGAAAAUUGAAAGAUUUUUAUUCGAAGAGUAAUGCAUUGAUGUCUAACGAUCUCCUGAAGAAUUUAACGUCACUCAGUACAGUGGACAUUAGUCUAUGUGAAUUACCGAUGCCAGAGCAUCUAUUCACUGGAUCAUCAAACAUAAAAAUGAUUUCAAUGACUCACAUUGAAAUGACCACGGUAUCUAGUAACAUUUUUACAGAUCAAAUUGAAUUAAUGGAAUUGAAUUUAAGCUACGACUCACUUGAAUCGUUGCCUGCGACUAUUUUCAAAGCAAAUAAAAAACUUAAAAAACUCAAUCUUGGAUACAAUGCACUACAAACCAUACCAGUCAAUUUGUUUGCAUCCAACGAAGAAUUAACGGAUUUGAAUUUGGAAUUCAACAAAAUUCAGCGAAUAUCGAACGAUAUUCUGCCGGAGCAACUUAUAUGGUUGCGACUCAAUGGCAACAACCUAAAAACCAUUGAUGACCGUAUUCUGAAUCGAUUAAACGACAAUGCUGGAAAAUUGAAGUAUUUGUUCAUCCAAUCCAAUCCGUUGGUAUGUGAAUGUGGUAGUGAUUUUCUUCGUUUGGUUGAAGUGUAUUCGGAAAAGUUGAAUAUUGACAGUGUUAUAUGCGAGGAUGGAUUUCAAACGAUGAAUGUUAUCAUUGAGUCGUGUCCGCAAACUUAAGAAAAUUAUAAGCAAACAAAAGUUUUGUUGAUGCUUAACAGAGGGAGAACUCAAGUAAAUUUUCUUUCGAAAACCUACAAGUUUUUUCGAAUUAAAACAGUUGUACAUAAUGAUGAGCGUUACAAAUAUAAUUUACUAAUUACUUGAUUACACA